CCAAAAAGGAAGAAGUACGCAGUCCGGUUGGAGGAAGGCUUUGACGUGGAGCGGAUGGUAGAUAAGCUCCUGGAAGACCAUAACGAUUUGAUGAAUCUAAAGGACAUUUUGGCGUCGGCACCCAGACUCCGGGGCGAGCUGAAAGGGCGGCUCUCACGGAGGUUAGUGCCCAUUGUCCACCUGAGCUCAAUUCUGCCCAGGGAGAUAGAGUGGACAGAGGCAGGAACCAGGAUGGAUUGGAAAUGUGUAGCAUGUGGGUUGGUGGACUUGAAGGUGAGGGACCAGCCGAGCAUUGCAAUGGUGGACACGGGCGCGGAGAUGAAUAUCAUCCGGGAGCGGGACGCGACUAUGUUAGGGUUGGAAGUUGACCAUUCGGACCAUGGCGUGCUACAUGGCGCCAACUGCAAGGCCAUAUUCUGUGGCACCUCGUCUAAUGUGAUGGUGGAGAUCGGGAGGGUAAGGGCGCGAACGUGCUUCUUCGUCAUGCCCGACGUCGACCACCCCAUCCUUCUGGGGAGGUCGAUCCUCUGCCGAACGGAGACCUUGAUCUUCAACAGGCAUGAGGGGACGAUGAUCCUGGCUCUAUCCGAUCCGGCCUGCGGGAAUUAUAAAAUUAUUAAGUGCCAGAACACAGGGCCCGGAAGUGCAAGGAACAGGCUCAACCUCGGUUCCUUUACCUUCGAGGAGUCUGAGUACGCGCGACGGAGACUCCAAGAGGAGCAGGAGGAGGAAGGAGCGGGCGAGGUAUUGUCCCUGAGCCUUAAUGAUGUGAACAAGGCAAUGGAGGUGGUGGCGGCGCAUGAUAUGGCGGACCCUGAAGCUAUAAAGGCAUUGAGGGAGCAGGAUUUGCAACGAUUGAAUGCAGUGAUGGUGCGGGACGCGGGAGGAUUGCCGAACGCGGACGCCCUGCUAGAGUCAUGGGCAGGGAGGCCUAUAAUCUCACUUAUAGAUCUUUAUUCUAGGUAUGACCACUUUCUUGUGUACCCACCGAAUAGGCCGGUGACGGCGAUGCAUACGCCAAGGGGGCUGAUCCACAUGAACGUGGCCCCUCAGCGGUGGACUAAUGCGGUAGCAAUGGUGCAAAGGCACAUGAUUAGGGCCAUGCAAACGGUUAGUCCACAUAUUACCCAGCCCUAUAUUGACGAUCUGGCGGUCAAAGGCCCAAAGGAAAAGGAGGAAGAUGAAGUGAUGCCAGGAGUGAGGCGGUUCGUCUGGAAGCACAUCCAGGAUAUCGAUCAGGUUCUGGGUCUGCUGGAAGAACACUACCUGACGGCGAGCGGCCCCAAGUCGAAGCAUUGUAUGAGGGAGGCCACGAUUCUGGGCUUUGUCUGGAACGAGAAGGGGCGGAGGCCAGAUGUGAAGAAAACGGAUAAGAUCCUACAGUGGUCUGACUUUUCGAAGGCAGUCAUGCAGAGGGGCGGGAGGGACACACUGCCACGGCAGGGGCCCUAGAGGGUAGCAGGAGGGGGCGAGCAGCACGAGCCGCCUAGGAGGGAACCUACGCCUGAGUUCGAUGACGACAACACUGAGCUCUUCCUGGACGUA